AUGGCUGUCAUCACGUUGUUGCUUUUCUUGCUCCCUUUCCAUCUUCAUCUCUUCAAAGCUGCUGAUUCCACAUGCCCACAAUCCUUCAACUGUGGAAAGUACAAUCUCACGUUCCCAUUUACGAAAGCUGAUGAUCCUGGCUGCGGAUUAUUCACCGUUGAUGGCUGUGAUACUCCAUAUCCAGUGACUAAUUUAGGUGGUGGAGGUCUUGGUUUUGCUAUUUUGGAUUAUAAUUCAUCAGAGCCAAACAAGAUGUUUAUUGGUGAUUAUCAGCUUGGAGUUCAAUUGCGUAAACGCAGCUGCUUUGCCUUUAUGAACCAAUCCAUGCUUCGAUCGCCUUCUAUUUCCUUCUCAUUCUCUCCUAAUCUCACCUUGUUCCCCUGCUUAACUGAUCCUACUGAUAGAUCUAGAUUUGAUGACUAUUUCGUAAACUAUAGCAUGAUGGAUUGUCUAUACUCCGUGUACUAUAAAAUUCCAGCAUCCAAGGACAAAACUGUUGCUCCGGAAGGAUGUUCAUUAGUACAGCUACCUAUGAAUUCCAGUGGAAACUUGGAUGAUUUGUUCAGCAUGAUAACUUCUAAUUUUACUCUAGAAUGGAAUGUUUCUGAUGAAUGCCUUAGUUGUUUUAAUGCGGGAGGCCAGUGUCUUACCGCCAACAAUAACAGUUUCUCCUGCAGAAAAGAGGAUACGAGAAUUCGAAGGAUCCUGUUCAUAGGUAUGUCCCCUUUAACCAUGUGAAAGAAAGUAUCUUUCUUUCAUUCGUACUUGAACUUAGGGUGAGCAAAAAA